AAUUAGUAUGAGUUCAGAAAUGGUCCGGGAAAGCUGCGUGUUCGAGAUUGGGUUCCGGGAUAAAUAUUAUUGUGUGAUGAUGUAACAACAAAAUCUGAGAUAUCUGAAAAAUUCUUUUUGAGAUUUGUUUAUUGUUUUUUUUUUUUAAUUCCAUACGUUUUUCAGUUUAUAAUUUAUAUCCUUUUUCUGGAAUCCUUAAUUUUUCCCAAAAACGAGUACAAGAGAAAAAAAAAACAAAAUAUAAGAAAGAAAAGAAAAAAUCAAAAAAAAGUAUCUUUGCGGUUGCGUUUGUGGUAUUGGGGAAUAAUAUCAAAAUUGGAUUUCGGUUUUUGUUUUUGUGCACCUCCUCGGGCGGACAAGUGCAGCAUAUCAAGGUGCGUUUUUCCUUGAACUUGGCGUCACGUUGUUGGUUUGAAUCUGGGGUUUGUCGAUUCGGUAUCUGUGUCGAUGCGGUACGGUGAAGUGGUGGUGAACAAUCUGCAUCUUUUAUUUUUUUGGCAAAAUUUCAUCGCAGCCAAAGACUUUUUAGCCAAAGAAAAGGAGGCGAGAAGGUGCUUGGGGGCGGAAGAGUAAUAAAUUGUUUGGUUUUUGUGGUUUUUCCUUUUCAUUUUAUUAUACGAUUCUUUGAUGAAAUCUUUUAUAUACCAAAGUGUUAUGUGUUUUGUAUUUUUUGUUUGGUCUUUAAAAAAAUAAAAAUUCAAAAGUGUCAUCAACAAGCUCAAUAAUACAAAAGUUCUUGAAAAGUAUUAUAUAAAACAAAAGUAUAUCAAAAGAUAAAAUCAACGUCAGUCUUUUGGUGUAGUGUGAAGUGACGUUGAAGUGAUUAAUUGAAUUUUUACCUUUACCUAUAUAUGUACCUAUUUACUUGUACUUACUUGCAUACUUAGAGAUACUUACUUACAAUUAGAUACAGCUACAACACCUUUUCGAUCGAUUCGGAAUUUUUUGUUUGUUUGUAACUAUGUACAUACGUUAAUAUAUCUGUAAUAUUGUUUGGCAGUGAAGUGAUAAGGAAUUACAAUAUUGAUCCUGAUAAGCUGGGAAAUAACUUAAAGUAGCCGGAUAACAUCGUACAUUCGUAUACAUCAGGUGGCGAUUCUUAUACGAAUAAUAUAGAGACAAUCUUUUGUAUUUAGCGCAUGCAGCAAACAAUAUCUAAUUAGCCGGAAAUGACAAAGAAACAAACACCACACCAACAACAACAGCAACAACAACAACAACCCCGACAGAAAAAUGUCUACUACGAUACAACAAAUCCAGCAUCAAUGCCGGCAAAGAUACAAAGUAUCACAAAGUCUAAGCCUCCACCUCCUACACCACCUCCUCGAUUAAAAUACCAAUCUAAAAAGCCACCAACGCCAAUACCAAUACCAACACCAAUACCAACACCAAUACCAACACCAAUACCAACACCAAUUCCAACACCUAUACCAACACCAUUACCGACACCAAUACAAACACCAAUACCGACAAAAAAACCAACUCCAACACCACCCCCCAAACCUAGACGUCCGCGUCGUCGUGAUAAGAGCGACCUUGGUGAGAAUUUUGUUGCCCCAGAUGGAGGAUGGGCUUGGAUAGUUUGCAUAGCUGCUGGACUGUCAAAUCUAUGCAUCUUUCCAUCGUUACAACAAUUUGGCUUUAUCUUUCGCGAAAGACUGACCGAACUUGGAAUGACAAGUUCACAGAUCACAACUAUCAUCAACACACAACCAGCGAUAUCAGCGUGCACAGGAUUGCUAAACGGUCCCAUGUUCAGACGAUUCUCAUUUCGACAAGUGGCCAUAGCUGGAGCUUUGUUUAAUUUUGUCGGUCUUUUGCUGACAGCUUUUUCGGAUACGUUCCUUUCAUAUAUGAUAACAUAUGCGCUGUGUUUUGGUUUUGGAAUGGGCAUAAGUGUAUCAGCAUCAUCGUUAGCCAUUAAUACAUAUUUCAAAAACAAACGCCGUCGGGCGGCAGGUUUCUCAUGGACUCUAACUGGCCUCGGGCCGAUCUUUCUUCCAUAUGCGGUAACUUACUUACUCGCGACCUUCGGGGUCCAAGGAACUGUGAUGAUAUUUGCUUCCAUAUCACUGCAUUCAUUAGUUUGUGCCAUGGUCUAUCAGCCAGUGAUGUAUCACGUCAGACCGACAACCACAACUCAGGUCAAUGGAGAGCUUAUACCUUCUCCUGAUUCGGAGUACCUCUGCAAAUACUGCGAGAUGAACCGGCUCAAGAACACAGGAAUCUUUUCUAGUCAAUAUCUCUAUAGUGAAGAUGACAAAGAGAAGCCAGGCUAUGAGAUCAUUGAUCCCGGGACGCCAAUGCUGUCACGUGCCAACGAUGGCUGGUUUGGAUCGAAAAUGUCCCUGGCCACGAUGAAACCACAAUUGCGCUUCCGAACAGUGUCCAGCUGUAAAGACAUCGAAUCAGGGUUCCGUCUGAAUCAUGUGAUCAACGAAGAUGACGAGCACCGGGAGAACCCGUUUCUGCGACCGAACAAUUUCAGCCGUGAACGGGAGGAGAUCAAGCUCUCUGCCAGUAGAAACAACUUGUACAUUCGGGCAGACUCGCUAAGCUAUUUACGUUGUACCUGUGCUGAGGAGAAGGCUCUGUUGGAGUUACCCCGGGGAAUGACUACAUUGGCACUGGCCGUUGAGAAACAGCGAGAGGCAGAGCCGCCAACUCCGCCACCGUCCGAAGAUCCGUCCACAGUGACGUUUAUGCAUAAGCUUGUAACCUUUUUCGACUUGGAUCUCCUGCGGGACUUUACGUUUGUGAAUCUUGUAGCCGGACUGACCAUCAUCAAUUUCGGGGAGUUGAACUUCUCAAUAUUGACACCGUUUAUUUUGAAUGACUUUGGCUUUACCACGGCACAAAUAUCGUUGGCAAUGUCUGUGCUGGGCGGGGUUGAUAUAACCGUAAGGUUUCUGGUGCCGUUUUUGACGGAGAAAAUUGAGUGGGACAAUAGGGUGUUCUUCCUGAUCGGGGUGGUUGGUAUUUCCCUUGGACGAACUGUUGUGGCGUCUUCCAGAUCGUAUUCGGUCAUUUUGUGUUGUUUUGUUUGGAUUGGCAUGUGCAAGGGCUUGAGAACGAUCUUCUGGCCUCUCAUCAUACCGGGUUAUGUUCCGCUAAAAAGGUUGCCGGGAGCUUCGGGCUUACAACUGCUUAUAACGGGAGUAUUUACACUGGCUUGUGGACCGCUGGUCGGUCUUAUCCGGGAUCGUUUUGACUUUUCCGUUACACUUCAUUGUUUGAAUGCGUUAACGUUUAUUGCUGCCACCUCGUGGUCAAUUGAAGCUCUAAUACGAUAUUUACGUCGUAGAAAAAAAUUAAUGCAGUGUGCCAAGACUUAGAUCGUAUAAAAUAUUUAUAUAUCGUAGAUGUAGAAUUUUGCUAAAUGGUUUGUGUAUUAGAUUGAAUGAAAAAUGCAAAAUCAGAAAUUAGGUUAAUGAAGUAGCUAACCUACAGUAGAGGUCAUAAUUUAUUGAACUUAAUGCUUGCUUUGUUUUACAAAAUGAUAAUAAAUUGCAUAAUAAAAAAAUAAAAAAAAAGGGAACUUAUUGAUAAUAAACAAAAAGUACUUUAAUUAAUUAUUUACUUAAACAAAUUAAAACUAAAUAUAUCAAAAUUAAAACAAAAACUAAUCAAAAAUGUGAUUUGAUUUUUCAAAAAGAUCAAAAUAUUAACAAUAAAUCGAACAAAUCCUAUAAAACUUUUUUUUUUAAAUAUGAAACUUAAUAUUAAUUUUAAAUACAAAAACAAAAAACUAGUGAAUUAUGAAUUAGAUUUAAGUUCAUAUAAAAAAUACACUACAUACACAUGCACAUAUAACAUUAUAUACAUAGAAUCUACAUAUAUAUUAUAACAUAUAUCAAUAUAUUUAAAACAAACUCAGACAUACAUUAUUUACAUCAAAAAUAAACAAAAUAUAAACUAAAUCGUAUGAACAAGUAAAACAUAAUAAAUUUAAGUAAAUAUUUUCUGAUAGAUUUGUACAAAAAGAAAACAAAAACACAAACAACAAAAAUUAACAAAACGUUAUUUUUGUAAGCUAAUUAAGGCCAAUUAAGGAGAAAAAAAGCUAAUACAAUUCUUAUGUAAUAAAAUGUAACAUUUAGACAAUACAACUAUUCUUAAUAUAGAAAUAAAUAUAUACAUACAUUACAAUUAUAUAUAUAUAUAUACAUGCAUAAACAUAAUUAUAUUUAAAUGUUAAAAUAAAAUGAAAAACUAAAUAUAUUACUUUUCAAA